UUUCGUUUCGAAAACCCAUUAACCACCAGGUAUGCUAGCAAGGAAAUGGUGCACAACUUCAGUGAGCGCCGAAAAUUUAUACUUUGGCGUCAGCUGUGGAUUUGGCUCGCUGAGGCUCAGCAAGAGUUGGGGUUUGACAUAUCAGAUGAAAUGAGACAACAUCGGGAUCAUAUCGACUUUGAGGUGGCAGCCGCUGAAGAAAAGGCCAGACGCCACGACGUAAUGGCCCAUGUAUACACGUUUGCUGUGGUAUGCCCCAAAGCAUCUCCAAUAAUUCAUCUGGGUGCAACAUCCUGCUACGUCGGUGACAACGCAGACCUGAUUGUAUUACGAGAUGCACUAGGCAUUCUUACAUUGAAACUAGGAAGGUGCAUCGAUCGGUUGGCAAAACAAGCUUUUUUCCACAAAGAUCUCGUUUGUCUUGGUCGCACACACUUGCAACCUGCACAGCCUACCACACUGGGUCGUCGUAUUUGUAUGUGGAUUCAAGAGCUACUGAUGGAUCUAGACAAUCUGGAACGCCUUCGACAUCACACAAUCAGAUUCCGAGGUGCUAAGGGUGCAGUCGGUACACAAGCCUCUUUUCUGGAUCUAUUCCAAGGAGAUCACGGAAAAGUGAGUCAGCCAUUGUCUUAUUGUUGUGUCACAGACGCUUCGUGUAUUGUCUUCUCUAAACUGUGUGACAAACACACUGUGCAAUUUUGUAUUAGUAUAUUGCACGUUUAUCUGAGUCUGUACUAUGUCAAACAAAUCUUCGCUAAUUUUGGUACGACUGCUGGUACGAUUGAUGACCGCCUGAAUGUUAUCAUGAUGCCCCCGAAGAUGGUGAUUUUUGCAAUCUGCGUAUCUGAACUGAGCUUUACUGUGUGA